CCUCCUUUCCCUCAGUCAGACGUCUGCUCCCUCUUCUCCCGGGUUCGCUCUCCAGGUGCAGAUGGGGCCAGGAGGCUGGGGCUGAAACUGGGGUGUGGAGACAAAAGAAAAGCCUUUUUUCAAUACCUGAAGUUGAUGGAAAGUAAAUUCCCUUGUAGAUAGAUUGACUAUCUCCUGGUUUUUAGAAUCCUUUUGCUGGGAAACCUGGUAGUCUUGAAGGUGCUAGAAGAUCUCCCUACAUACUGAAUCUACAGACUAAUACAGCUAUAUCUUUGAAUUCUGCAUAUGUGGAGAAAAUGCAGACUUCUCAAUAGGUGGAAGACUGAAAUUGAGAAAAACUAGACAGUUUUUAUGUCUGCUAAGAUGGAUAUAAUUUUAAUUAAUGCACUAGAUUAAAAACCAUCAGAAGAAUCCAGCUUGGAUUGCCUUAUCAUCAGAGAAUGAUGUCUCAGUGACAGCUCUGAUGCAUCCAGAAAUGAAACUGCAGAAAUAUUUCUCAUGAGUAAAAAAAAACUGAGUCAUAUUGCUCAUGAACCAGAAAAGAAACCAGAGAAAUAAUGCUCAUAAAAGGGCUGGCCAUAGGAUUAGAUGAAGUGGGGUGACUGACUGCCCUACGCAGCAGGAGCUGAGGAGAUGGAGAUUAGCGGGCAAAACACUUUAAGUUUCGUCAAGAUGCUCUUCAAAGGGAGUAUGCCCUUAACACUUUGGCUUUUAGUACACAUGGGAUUUGGAGUACAUUUUGGGAGACUGGAGGCCUGCACAGAUGAUGAGGGGUACAUGAAUGCUAGUAGCGCUGGCACGUAUCUGUCUCAUGGAUCAACCAUAACUCUAUCCUGCUGGCCAAACAGGAGUGGUGUGUGCAUCUUAAACGGCUUUUACAAAAUAUCCAUUCUCCAAAACAACAGAGAAGUAAACCAUAGCAAUGGUGGUCAUCCAGUCAGCACUCUCAUUUUACUGGACACACUUGGGAAGCAUACAUUUAAAUGUGAGUGUGGAAAGAGCCAGUCCACACCAAUGCUCAUAUGUGGAAUCAACAUUUACGUUGGAAUUCCUCCAGACCAGCCAAAAAAUAUACUCUGCCAUCAGUAUGGAAAGAAUGGAUCUGCUACUUGCUCUUGGGAUAAAGGGCGUUCUACUCAUCUUGUCACUACCUACACAAUACAGCUAACAUAUAAAAAUGGAACAUUUUUGAAAGUGAUUGAUUCUAAAGACAAUAAAGUGGAUCUCAAAGUAAACUUGGACUUUAAAUCAAUAUACACAGUGGUGGUUACUGCCACAAACAAUUUGGGAAAUGUAUCUGCUCAACCAAUUCAGUUUGCAUCACUAGAUAUAGUGCAGCCUUAUUCUCCAGUGAAUCUCUCAGUGAAAUUUGAUGACUCUGCUGCGACAAAUUGCACCAUUCUGUGGCAAAAUAAUGAAGACCCACAACAUUUUAGACUAAGAUACCAGCCAGUUCACAGUUCUUCCUGGACCAUGUGUGAAAAUAUACAAACAAGAAGAUACGAACUACAUGGCUUGAAGCCAGAUACAGAAUACAAAUUCCAAAUUUCUAGUCGAUUUCUUCCCAACAAAGGCUUAUGGAGUGACUGGAGCAUUCCAUUUCAAACAGAAGCAGACUCACUCUUCUAUCAAUAUACCUGUUACAUUAUAGAGCUCUUCUGUUUUUAUCCAGUGCCAUUUGAACCUAUUGAUGUCUGGUAUUUACAGAAGGAUGUGUCUUCCCAAACACAGAACAUAACUCUUUUUUGGAAGGCAAUGGAGACAUCAGAAAGGAGAAGUAAAAACCAUGGUUACCGAGUAACAUUUCAGACCAUCAGCCAGAAGCCUUACAGUGCAUCCACAGUGCAUACAGUUUUCUCACAACUUAUUCCUAAAACAGGAUAUAACAUAACAGUUUGUUCUUACAAUUUGCGGGGAAUAUCUCCACCUGUCCACAUCACAACUAAACUAGGAAUUACAGACUUGCCACCACCUAGGGACCUCUCAGCUGUAUCAGAGGAGAAUGAAAGCAUCGUUGUGACAUGGAAAGCCCCACUCACACCUUCACUUUUUAUCAAUGGCUACAUAGUGGACUGGACAGAGUUCCAUCAGGAUGAGCCCUUGAAAAGCCACCCAACCUGGAUCAAAGUACCUGCAUCCAAUUUUACAAUAAAAAUAGAGAACCUAAAGCCUAAUGUGUGCUAUCAGAUCAAUGUAUUUGCACUCUAUCAGAGCAGAGCAGGAAAAGCAGCUUCCACGACAGAAAAUGUGUCAGCAAAAGCCCCAUUAACAGGACUUCACAUUAACACAACCAUAGAUGGAGGGAGAAUUUUGGUCUCUUGGGAAGAUCUUCCGUUCAACCAACAAAUGGGCUGCAUCAUCAACUACAGGAUAUAUGUGCAGAAGCAAUCGCUCAAUGUGCCCUUUGAAUUCUAUGAUAUCUCUAAAUCAACCCUGCAGCCAUAUUCAAUAAAUAAUGUGUCUGCUGGUGCUGUAUAUGCUGUAUGGAUGACGGCUUCUACUAAGGCUGGUGAGAGCCCCAAAGGGAAUGAAGAAAUCAUUUACAUAAAAAAUUCAAUUUCACAUAAAGAUGCACCUGAAGGAAUUCUUGUUAUAGUUCUCUGCGCUGUCGGUCUAUUAGCCUGCACCUGUUGUGUACCACCUGCCAGGCAAAAGUUCUUUUCAUUCCUUUCUGUUCUCUCUGGGUGUUACGGUAAAGCUGUACCAGAUCCAGCCAACUCUUCAUGUGCUAAAAAAUUCAUAUUUAUACAGGAUGACUCAAGCUUACAUUUUACACAGUUCCUAAACAAACCAAGCAGCUUUGAAGAACCUGAAAGUCUAACAGUGGAGGAAGCCUUUAUGAAAAGACAAUAUCCAACUUUUGAAGAUAGGGCCUACAUCAAAAACUGUGAGAAAGAGGAAAGCCAAAACUGCCCAAUGACAGGCACUUUGCUGGAGGAUGAUCCCAUUGAGAAAAACUUGAACUAUGAUCCUUUGAUCCCCAGCAUAUCAGGCGACACAAACAAGCAUCAGCUGCUACCUUUGUAUAGAAAAGUUGCACCCAAAGACCCAAACCAAGGCCAGGUAUUUUCUGACUACCUUGCCAAUCCACUUGAAGACACAACAGUCGACUACUUGCCAACCAUUACGGCCACUGUUAUGAACAAUGAUGAGGAUAGCUCGGACUCUGAACUCAAUUCACUGUCAGUUUUCCCAAGAACAUUUCUGUCCCAGCCAUUUUCCCUUGGUGGAAAACUGACUCUAGAUGCUAUAAGAAUGGACUUUAAUUCUUAGGCUGCAAGCCAAUAUCAAUUAUCUGGAAGUAAGUGUUGUUUCACUCUAUGGAAUGUACCUAAGAGUAGGGAUGUAUAGAAGUAUGAUGUUCGCUAGGAGUAAGCAACCUUUCUGAUUUCUAAGGAACACAUGACAAUGACAGUACAGCCAAAGGUAUCAGCACAUGGGAUGGGGUGAUUUAAACCUCUCCUCUUUUCCUCUUGAGAUUAAACUGUUAGAAUGCCAGGGUUAAAAGCCUUUCCACCUCAGAGGCAAAACCCAAGGUUUGUUGCAUCCAGCUGUUCUUGAGUAUAUUAGCAUGUUUCUGAUAUUCUUUUAUUGUUAUGUGCCUUCAAUUCAUUUAUGAUUUAUGGUGUCCUUAAAGCCAUAAUCCCAGGGUUUUAUUGGCAAAAUUUGUUCAGGGUGGUUAGGGGUCCGUCAUGGCUUUUGUCUGGUUCUAGCUGGGCACACAUACUUAAGGAAUGUCCAGAUACAAUGUGGCUUAGUGCUUUGAGUGUUAAGACUACAGCUCUGGAGACCAGUGUUAAGUUCCUGUUUGACCAUGGAAACCUGGUGGGUGACCUUGGACAGGUCACAUGUUCUCAGCCUCAGGAGAAGGCAGUGGCAAACCUCUGAACAGCUUGCCAAGAAAAUCCCAUGAUUAGGCCUUAGGUUUGCCAUAAGUUGAAAAUGACCUGAAGGCACACAACACACACAGAGGGAAGGGACAUAAUUGCCUCCAAUUGCCUUGAGUAGCAUAAGACUGCUAUAAUAGUUUCCCCAUCUCAUGCGGGCCAAAAACCAUUUUGGACACUAAAAUAUAUGAAUCGUUUUUGAUUUUUAGUGUAGCAAGAAUAUGAUUUAUCCAUGACAAAGUUUUCUGUUGAAUUCCUUUUUUCAGUCCAUCAUAAUAAGGGAAACGGAAUCAGUUGUGCUUAAAAUGAGUGUUUUACUUGGACCAAUUCACACCAAUUGAAUGAUUUUGUAUAGUUAUUUUAAAAUUCUGUGUCAAUUUAUUGAACCGAUUGUUCAUGCAAACACCUUCAGCCAUGAAAUGUGAAAAAUAAUUUUUAUUUGUAUUUUCUGUGAUGGAUUAUUUUAUUAUUUAUCUAGCACACUAAACUGCAUCCUGAGAAAAGUUUUGGGUUCAAUAAAACAGACAUGAUCAGCCAAUGAAAAUAUGGGUAGGUGGGAAGUUUUUAAACCAUUGCAAUUCUGGUGUUAUUAGCAUCUGUGUAGGGAAGGUAUUCCAGGGAACCACAACCAAGGCCCUUGCAUGCACUAAUAUGCCUGAUCAAAAUUACAUUUUCUAGCACAAAAAGCCAAUAGUGCUUAGAUAGCUAUGACAUCUCUGGACCUAAAACCUGAUCUGCAGCAACAAUAACCAACCUAUGGGACAAAUCUAGUUAGUUUUGCUGGUUGCAUCAACCUCACUUCCCAAAAGAGAAAUGGGGAUGAAGCUGGGAACAUCAGCAGCGGGAAAGCAAAUGCUGCUUUUGUCCCAUCUUAUUAUAUCGUCAAGAUGCAUGAGUUACCUUAAAUUCUUAAUCUGACACUGCUAUUCAUAAAAAAAAGCAAUUUAUUCUAUUCCACACUUCAUAACUAAUUCAAAUCUCACACUGGUUAGUGGAUUUGUACAAAGAACUAUGACUCCCACUCACCACAAGGAAAACAGAUCUUUAAGUCAAAACUUACCCUAAAGAGGAAGAGAGAUAAGAUCCAGUUCUGGGCAUUAGGGCCUCAACCAGAGUUGGAUGCGCCCCUCCCAGCCACUUUUGUGGCUCUAACCUUCCCACAGGACAAAAAGUGGGAUUAGUUCUCCAAUACCUUCUAGGUGGUGUGGAUGGCAUUUCCGCCAUGUUUGAAAACCCCUUGGGACCCCUAGGGAUCAAAAAAUGUUUUCACCCCCAAAUUUUAUUAUUUCCCCCUCCUAUAUGCCCUUUGGGAAGUGUGGGGGACAUUUCCACUAUGUUUUGUGGACUCCUGGGCCAACACUAAUCUAGAGCAUUUCUAAUGUCUGUGGAAUUAUACUCACAAUUGAACAGAGAACUCCUAUUCAUUUAACUAAAUGAUAUUUUUUAAACAAUGUUCUUGAAUAACCAGAUUCAUCUGAAGAACAAAAAGGUUCUCAUACGAAUUGUUAAUGUGUGAAUAAGGAGUAUUCUUAAUAAUUUGACUGGAUAUGGUGCGAGAAAUGCAGUUUAUCACAAAAUGUCUGAAGCUUUUGGAUGAUUCCAUGACAUUUUAAGAUUCACUGGAAAGUGGGGGAGAUGUUAUGAAAGACAUGGAGGGACAUUUAUCAAUGGAUUUUAUCCAAACUCUUGUUCACUUCGACAACUACAAAGAUCAAUUUUCUGUAAUACCUGCUGUGAGACGCAUGUCAAAAGUAGCUAUUGUCCAAAGGAACAGUACCAGAAAUUACUUGGGAAACGUGGAUGAAACGGGACAGGCAGCCUUUAUAGUAAAAAAAAAAAUCCUGUCCAAAACAAAUCUCUGUGAGCUGCCUGUUAAUAUAAUUCUUCAGGUAAUCAGAUAUAGUUGCAUAGGUCUCAUUUUCUGAUAGACGUUGCAGCUGGAUGUCUCCUUGGGUUAAGUGGUUACAGCUUGAGAGAUAAGCAAAUUAAUAAUCAUAUACCAAUAGCUACAAGUGACACAGGUUAUCCUCACAAGUGCAAGUGAACAUGGUUUUCUACUGUGACAUGCCAUCUGGAAACUGUGGAAUACAAUGUACCCAGCCUCUUCCUUAUCUUGUAGAGCAGAAAACCUCAUACCCGGAAAGCUUCAGGACACAACCAUUCAAUUUUUGCAUCAAAGAUAAUGGAAGAUAAAUUCAAACUAUAUUGAACUAGAACUACCAAGAACUAUAAUCAAAAUAAAACUUUUUAAAAAAUAUUUUAUUGGCAUGUCUAUAGAUUUUAAUUUUUAUCAUAUUCUAUGUGUUGCUAUUUUUACUCAUUAUUAUGAAGAAAUGGAAUGAAAUAGGAUAGCAGGAAAGGGGUUGGGUGCGAGGAGCAGGUAAUUCUCUUCCAUGUAGUUUAGGCCAAUGUUCAAACACGCUGAAAACCAAUAAAUAACAAAAACAAUCUGUAUUUGUUUCCUAAUAUAGGAAGCUAUCAUUGUUAGGAUGUUUUUGGAUUUGCUAUAUGACCAAUAUGACCCCUGGAUGUUUUUUGGAUUGCAAGACAUCACAUUUUAGCCAUCAGAGUGGAAUCCCAAAGAGAAAGCCAGUGCACUGAGACCUUGCCAUCUGAGGCUUCUGCCCCAACAAAGAUAAGUUUUUUUUUUCCUAAUCUUGGCACUGAUUGGCAUGCUUUGCCUCUAG